GUUUAUGCUACUUAGCAAGUGCAUUGAAAUAAUUGCGGAGGAAAAGCAGAUGGUGCUGUUGAGGAUAUGCUCCCUUCGCGAAACGAGCAUAUCGCGAAACAAACUAUGAAAAGAUUGCCGAUUUUAUUCGUCUUCAUUCUGUUACUGUCGACGGUUGUGGCUUUAAGAGGUGACCUCAGCACAUUGAAACAGCUGUUAUGCACCACAUGUGACAUAAAAAAAUUUUUCAACACAGACGAAGUUAUAUGGACACUCAGGUCGACCGAGCGAUUAAAGCUCCAAUGCAAAGUUGACGUGAAGAUCAAUAUAACGGAUACUUUUGUUCUAUUUAGAAGACAUUUUUACCUAAAGGGCAACAGGAUAAACGUGACCAUCAAUGGGACAUUUGCGUCACUGGACGAGCGGAGGAACACAUCCGGCAAAUAUGACACGAUUUUGCUCGCUGAUCCAGGCCAUCCGGAGUAUGGGUAUGAGCAUCUUUUGUAUCAAGCGGAGGACAGCAGCUGUGGUGUCCUUUUGGUAGCCCUGAAUGAAGCUUAUCGGUGUGGCGGUGCCAGCGGUUUAAGAUGGAGAAGGCAUCAAGACCAGAUAAAUAUGAAACGCGCUCACUGCUUGCAGUGCAUUUUAUAUGAUGUCGUGUUUUUUAACAGCACUCUGAAGUAAAAUACAAGGCAGUAUUAUGUAUAUCACCAGCCGCAGCGUGUCCUUAUUUACUCUGAAGUAAAUAAAAUUCGCAGGCGCAAGUUGGAAUACGCUAGCGCAAGACAGGGAUAAUUGGAUAUCGCAGGGAGAGGCCUUCAUCCUGCAGUGGAGAUAAAUAUAGGCUGAUGAUGAUGAUGAAAUAAAAGGACGAUAAUUUUGUUUCCAUAGAAAAGCCGCGGUGGCCGCGUUUCGAUGGGGGCGAAAUACAAGGACACUCGUGUACCGGGCAUUGGGUGCACUUUAAGUAAGCAAGGUGGUCAAAAUUGAACCGGAGUCUCCCACUACGGCGUGCCUCAUAAUGAUGUCGUGGUUUGGAAACGUAAAACCACAGUAUUUAUAACAUUUACCUUUUAUUACUAUGAAAAGUUUUGGGAGUAUCUCGACUUUGGUUUUAGUUGAAGGAUUUGGGAGUGCGAUAUUUUAUAAGCAUUGUGUAUUUUUUCUCUUUUCUCCUAGGGCCAAUCUGUUGUCGCACGGUUUUUAGGAGCUAGUUUAGUACACCGCUGACGAUGGUGUACGAGUGUUCUAACGCUGUAUGCAAAAGAACGAAAUCACAGUCUACGAUGAAAGACAGCGCCUACAUUCGGUGUCCCUUGACGUACAACUGUCUAUGGCCUGGAUUACCACGACGCGAGUAGAUCGUGUUGUAGCGUUUGUGGCCCGGCGACGCAUUUACUAACUCCUAUGCUUUCCUCAUUGGGAUGGCUGACAAAUCUAAAUGUGACGACGCGUGCAGCUGUAUCCAAAUAUUAAGAUACAUCCUCUGUUGCGCCCGUGUUAGCUUGCAGAAAAGCAAGUAUUGUGCGCAGCGCUGGGAAUACUGGGACAUACUUCCACAGUCAAAAGAAACAUUGCUAGCUCAAUACUCCACGCAGAAGGCCAAAUCAACGUUGUUCAUGUUCCUGAGGUCUACGGGCUUACAUAAUACUUUGAGAAGCCUGAGUGCUGCCGUUGACACUGCUACAUUGUGUGUGCGCUUUACACAGUCUGUGCAUUUCUGUCUUAUAAUUCCAUUACUCUUUUCACACCGCCCCGGGAAGCCAACCUCAAAGACCUUUGGUCAACCUGUCAGCCUUGUUAUACAUCCUUUUUCUCUCACUCUGACAUUAUAUGGUGUAAUUACGAGGCACAACCGCAUUUGCGUGAAAAAGUUCAUAUGUGAUCAACAGUUUAGGCAAUUUCUGCAGUACAUUACUGACAAAAGUCUUGCUGCCUUUUUAUAU